AUGUCUACUGCAGCCCGCCGCCGCUUGAUGCGCGACUUCAAGCGCAUGCAGACAGAUCCUCCGGCCGGUGUGUCUGCAUCCCCGGUUGCUGAUAAUGUAAUGACCUGGAACGCAGUCAUAAUAGGCCCUGCCGACACGCCCUUUGAAGAUGGAACGUUCCGCCUGGUCAUGCACUUUGAAGAAGCGUACCCCAACAAGCCGCCGGGCGUCAAGUUCAUCAGCCAGAUGUUCCAUCCCAACGUAUACGGAACCGGAGAGCUGUGUCUGGACAUUCUGCAGAAUCGGUGGUCGCCCACGUACGAUGUCGCAGCUAUCCUGACGAGCAUUCAGAGUCUGCUUAAUGACCCCAAUACGUCGUCGCCGGCCAACGUCGAAGCAUCCAAUCUGUACAAGGAGAACCGCAAGGAGUACACCAAGCGCGUACGCGAGACUGUAGAGAAGAGCUGGGAAGACUAG